UUUCCGGCGUCAGUCGGUGCCGAGCCGCCGAGCCGUGCGGAUCGAAGUGUGUUAGUAGAGGAUACUGUCGUUCGUCGCCGCUACUCUACAGGGGGUUAGUGCGUUCGCGCGGGUUUGUCAGUGGGGGCGUAUCUUGACGGGAAUCGCGACACAGGUGACAGGAGUGACACAGGAUGAGCGGAUUGUUGAAGCUGUCGGCGUCGUUGCUGUCGAGGAAUCUGCCAGGAACGGCGACGUUGAACAAGCUGGGACUGCCGCUACUCAGCAACCGGAAGCUGCAUCACACGCCGGACGGACGAGCGGCCAAGAUCUCUGACGCGAUCUCCAAACAAUACCCGUUGGUGGAUCACACGUAUGAUGCGGUCGUGGUAGGAGCUGGCGGCGCCGGUCUUCGCGCGGCCUACGGUCUGGUGGCUGAGGGCUUCAAGACCGCGGUAGUCACCAAGUUAUUUCCCACAAGGUCACAUACGGUAGCCGCCCAGGGCGGCAUCAACGCCGCUCUGGGCAACAUGGAGGAUGACAACUGGCAAUGGCACAUGUACGACACUGUCAAGGGCUCGGACUGGUUGGGCGAUCAAGAUGCCAUUCAUUAUAUGACCCGUGAGGCCCCCAAAGCCGUCAUCGAGCUGGAGAACUGCGGCAUGCCUUUCAGUCGAACCAAUGAUGGCAAGAUUUAUCAACGUGCAUUUGGCGGUCAAUCACUCAAGUUCGGCAAGGGCGGUCAGGCUCAUCGAUGUUGUUGCGUGGCCGACAGAACCGGUCAUUCCCUGCUGCACACGCUCUACGGCCAAUCACUGAGCUACGACUGUAACUACUUCGUCGAAUACUUUGCGCUCGACCUGCUGAUGGAGGACGGCGAGUGUCGCGGUGUUAUCGCGCUCUGUCUCGAGGACGGAACGUUGCAUCGCUUUCACGCCAAGAACACGGUGCUCGCCACUGGCGGCUAUGGACGCGCCUACUUCUCCUGUACGUCCGCGCAUACCUGCACCGGCGACGGCACCGCCAUGGUCUCCAGGGCCAAUUUACCCAACCAGGAUCUUGAAUUUGUACAAUUUCAUCCCACAGGUAUCUAUGGCGCCGGAUGUCUGAUCACAGAAGGUAGCCGCGGCGAAGGCGGUUAUCUGAUAAACAGUGAAGGCGAAAGAUUCAUGGAACGUUAUGCACCGGUAGCAAAAGAUCUGGCAUCGCGAGACGUAGUGUCUAGAUCUAUGACAAUGGAGAUUAGAGAGGGCAGAGGCGUCGGACCGGAGAAAGAUCACAUUUACUUACAGUUACACCACCUGCCGGCUGAACAGCUGGCCGCGCGGUUGCCGGGAAUUUCGGAGACAGCAAUGAUAUUCGCUGGUGUCGAUGUGACUCGGGAACCUAUCCCCGUCAUACCUACCGUCCAUUACAAUAUGGGUGGUGUACCAACAAAUUACAAGGGUCAGGUGUUAACCAGGGAAAACAAUGAAGAUAAAGUAGUACCCGGGUUGUACGCAUGCGGUGAGGCAGGUUGUGCAUCUGUUCACGGCGCUAAUCGACUAGGCGCCAAUUCUCUGUUGGAUUUAGUCGUAUUUGGACGUGCUUGCGCUAAAACUAUUGCCCAAGAAAAUAAACCUGGCGAGACAAUUGGAUCUCUCAAACCUAAUGCGGGUGAAGAGACGGUAGCUAACUUAGAUUGGGUCAGAAACGCCAAUGGUUCCAUAUCUACUGCGGAAUUGCGGCUGACUAUGCAGAAAACUAUGCAGACGCACGCGGCGGUAUUUAGAGAAGCCCAGACUUUGCAGGAAGGUUAUCGAAAGAUGAUGGAUCUCUACAAGAAACUCGAUGAACUGAAGGUCGCAGACAAGUCUCUAAUAUGGAACUCUGAUCUGAUAGAGACGUUAGAACUGCAAAAUCUCAUGGUCAACGCGAUGCAGACCAUUGCAGGGGCGGAGAACAGAAAGGAGAGUCGCGGCGCACAUGCUCGCGAAGAUUACAAGGACAGAAUUGACGAGUACGAUUACAGUAAACCGAUUGAGAACCAGCAGCCAAAGCCGUUUGAUCAGCAUUGGAGAAAGCAUACGCUAUCAAAGAUCAAUCUGAAAACGGGAGAGGUUUCUCUCGACUACAGACCGGUGAUCGAUGUUACGCUCGACCAACAGGAAUGCGCAACAGUUCCACCAGCGAUUCGUUCCUAUUAAAUCAAUUCUAUAAUAGAAUAUUAGAAUCCAUCGCCUUAGAAUGAACUUUUUUUGAUCGCCAUUGAAUUUUGGUCUGCGCACGAUUCUCGAUGUUUUAAAUAAUCGCAAAUUAAAAUCGAAAUAGUGCAAUAAAGCAUUGUCGUCGCGGCGAUCUUUGCUCUACUACUACUACUAUUACUACUACUGUGCGCAGCAAAGGUAUUAAUUUAUUUCACACACGUACACAUAUGCACACAAACUUCAUAGUUCGCCAAAGUUGAUUCUUGUCAUCGCUUGCGCCGCAAGUCGCAAGCAGAUUUAGUGGUCCUUGUAGGAUGCUGAGAUUAUUGCCUUCUCGUUUUGUAUAGAAGAGUUCGAUUUCGCUCAGCGGAAUCGAUAGCUUCAGUUCAACAUAAAAUAAACGAAACCAGAACAGAAUCGUGAUAAGGAGUCCGGUUAUAAAAUACGGACAUUUUGGAGAAAUGCGUUUUCUUUCCUCCUGUAAUAUAAUACAAUUCGGUUAUGUAUCGCGAUCUUUGUGCGUUCAAGCCACAGUACUCUCGCGUGCAACACUUAUGAACAACUUUGUAUAAUGUCGAAGAAAAUCAAAUGUCAUGUUUGAAUUAUACAAAUUGUUAUAUAAUAAAACUCUUGCAAGUUUUGAUAAAGACUUAUCAAGGUCUUUCAAAUAUUCUAGUGGGAAUUUCUUGAAUUAAUUAUUCAUCUUCUGUGCAAAUGUUUAUUGUAUGAUCAUAAAUAAUUUUUGCAAUUUUCAUUUAUUAAUGGAGCGGUGAUGUUCUAUAAACAAUUGCACGCGAUAGUAUUUUAAUACUAUUAUUAUAUUGUUUUCGAUGUUUUAUGUUUAUUGUAGCUGUUUAUAUAUACAUCCUUUUGGCAUUACAGAGAUUUAUACAGAAUUAUUUAAAAGAUUUAUUUUUAAAUGCUACUUUUCAUGAUCUGUACUUUUUUUUGCAAAUUAAUGAAAAUUAUAAUAUUGUCGCAAUGUCUGUUAUACUUUUUUGUUUGAAAAUCGUUUGAAUCAUUAGAACAUUUAUAUACGUUACCUACGUGCGAAAGUGAUUACGAGCAUGAUUUUUGAAAUAAUAUGUUACUUUUGUUGCGGCUGAAUACUUACUUUAUAAGAUGACGACAUAGAAGCUAUAUUAAUUGUUCUUUUUUUUUGUGAAAUGUUAUAAAAAUAGAAAAAUUUACAUUUAUUAUUUAUUUUUUUUUAUGAAAAAACAUUGCAUUUUAUCAAAAUAAUUAAUGCUUUAGGUCAAAAUUAUUAUAUCUCAAUUUUAGAUAAAAGUAAAUGAUAAGAAAUAAUGAAUAUUAAAAUAUAAUCAUGUAAUAUUUUAAUUUUAUUGAUUAAAACUGUUUCUAUGUCGUUUUCUAACAAUGUACUGAUAAUACUUCGUAGAAUAUGUGUCUGAGUUUAAGUAAAUAUAUUAAAUAAUAUAUUAAAAUACGCGACACACACAAAUAUAGAAAAUACUACUUUUAAUGUGUAUAAUUAUCUGUAAAAAGAUAGUGUGAACAUAUUGCUUGGCAUGAUGGAAAUGUACAUAAAUUACGAAAGAUAUCAAUAAAUUGUUGAUAGAAUUUUAUAUGAA